CUAUCCGCGCACCACAUCUUUGAUCGUUGGUUUCUGUUUGUCUUGUUAAUCCUUAACACCAAGAAUCUUGCAUUUAUCUCAAUUCACAUUUUUCUCAUUCUUGGUAUAAUAAUGCCAUUAACUCCAUCUACUAAACAAUUAAACUGGGUCAGUCUUUUUUUAGUUGAAGGGACCAUCUUUCUCUUUCUCUCUGUCUCCAUUUCCAGCAUAUAAUCAAAAUCCCUUCACACUUUUCCACAUUUCUCAUUACAUAUUCGAUUCUUUAUUCGCCAAUACUCACUCUCUUUUUUUCUAUAAACUGAGAGUAUAAGUAACUCUAUCCUUCCCUACAAGCAAAGUUGUUCACUUUUCUUGAUUCUUUCCUUUUCUUGAUUUUUGGGUUUGUGGGUUUCUGUGUUGCAUUUCGAGAUCCGCUCUCAAAUUGGGGUUUCUUCCAAGUAGUUAUACUAACUCUGUGGAGCCUCUUCACAGUUCAUACCCUUUAAAGACUCAAGCUUUAGCCACUGAUACUGAUAACCAUUGUGGCAAUGAAGAGUUAAAAAUCAAGUCUUUAAUUCACAGAAUGAUUUGGGAUUUCGGGUUGGCUUGUUUUAUCCCGACCCGCCGCCGGCGAGCUUCCGGCGAGGAUAACGGUGAGAAGGACAAAGGUGUCAGCAGUUUGGAGCAUAACAAGGCUUGGUUGCUUGCUGAGUCAGGAGCAUGUGGUACUGAGUUGAUUAAUGCUGAGCCACAUUCGGUUCAUUCCUCUUUUAGGUUCAGCUUUUGCUCUCAGGUUGAGCUUGAGUCUAUGAAUGUCAACAGAUGUUCUUCUGCUACUGUUUUAAUGGUGAAUUUGGAUAAUGGGUUAACUGAUCCCCUGUCUAGAGAGCUAAAAUGGAGGAAAAUUCAAUCACUUGAGAGGAGUAUUUCUCCUGUGACUCAUUCUUUAAUUAGGUUUACCUAUGCUGAGAUUGCUUCUGCUACUCGUAAUUUUUCUAAAGGUAGAGUUUUGGGAAGAGGAGCAUUGAGCUAUGUUUUCAGAGGAAGAGUGGGAUUUAUGAGGACUACUGUUGCGAUUAAGCGGUUAGACAGGGAAGACAAGGAGUCUCCAAAGGCAUUUUGUAGGGAAUUGAUGAUUGCUAGUUCUCUUCAUAACCCAUACAUUGUUCCUCUGGUGGGUUUUUGUAUUGAUCCAGAGGAGGGAUUCUUUUUGGUAUACAAGUAUGUAUCUGGUGGAAGUUUAGAGCGGUAUUUACAUGAUAAGAAGAAGAGGGGGGUGAAAGGUGGUCCAGCACUUCCAUGGUCUACACGGUAUAAGGUGGCUGUAGGCAUUGCAGAUUCAAUCGGGUACUUGCAUUAUGGCACUGAGAGGUGUGUUGUUCACAGGGACAUCAAACCCUCCAACAUUCUUCUCUCAUCCAAGAAGACACCCAAGUUGUGUGACUUUGGUUUAGCUACAUGGACUCCUGCACCUUCUGUACCUUUCCUUUGUAAAACAGUUAAAGGAACAUUUGGGUAUUUAGCUCCUGAAUAUUUUCAGCAUGGUAAAGUGUCGGACAAAACUGAUGUUUAUGCCUUUGGAGUUGUCCUCCUGGAGUUGCUUACAGGAAGGAAGCCAAUUGAAGCAAAAAGAGGACCAGGAGAAGAGAACUUGGUGUUAUGGGCAAAGCCACUGCUGCAACAAGGAGCUCUUGAAAAGCUUCUUGAUCCGAAACUCAAAUUCCCUCAAAAGAACCUACAACAUAUAGCUCGGAUGACUCAAGCAGCAGCUGCAUGUAUACACAGUGAAGAGUCUCGAAGGUCCAACAUGGAUGAGAUCAUUGCUAUAUUGAGAGGCACAAAAGUUCAUUCCUUGACCAGGAAGAAGUCUAUUUCCAGUAAUAAUUGUGUGAUUGAUCCCCAAUUGCAGCGGACAAAAAGUGAAAUGAAUAGUCACUUAGCAUUGGCAAUGUUAGGAGUACCUGACUUUGAGGAUGGUGAUUUUUAUUGUCGUUGAUAUGAAAACGAUUAAUUUGAUUAGCUUCAUAUUUUUUCUCUACUUGUUCUUUCUUCCCUCACUCCAUUCUAAGAUUUUAGGGUGACAACUGAUAAGCUCUUUAACAUGUAGAUAGAGAAGUGGUGGUCUGAUUGAAGAAUAGGCUGUUUGCAUAUAUUUGUCCCUGAUUUUGGUGGGGAAAUAUGGAAGGUUCUAUUUUGUAAGAUAACAUAAAGAAGUUUGUGAA